GUUCACCAAUCACCAGGCUCACUUGAUAGCCUCUUCAAACCACCACUCUUACUCGUUGCUCUGAAGGCAAGCUGGUCCCUAGGCUGCAAGCAGGCUCUUGCCAGAAUACAGCCCGGAGAAAUCUAGUGGGAUUUUAUUUAGCUGGCUGUUGGUCCUCACCAGGAUGCCAUGACAAGUGCACUAGGGAACUAUGUUUAGUUGCCUCCGUGCCCUCGUGAGGCCGAGAUCGAGGGCAAUCAUUGCAAAAUGGCAUGCUUCUCAUGACCGCCACUGCAGCAGAGAACGCGAGCGAUUUCUGUCCACGGCUUCUCGGGUUCCACGCGUGGCGGAGAAUGGAGAUGUAUACACUCCGGACGGCAAAGAGCGCGUCGCCUGGCUGAUGCAGCACAAUAUAGGGCUCUAUGGCGAACUCAAGAAGGUCCACAAGUUGCGCUACAAGCACAUUACGGUUGAGAUGGCUGGUCGGCACGUUUUGCACUACUCUGACCUGAACUACUUCACAACCCAGGGCUCGUCAUUUACCGAGGCAGUAUGCAGGAGGUAUCUAGCAGAUUCUGCGAAACCGCUCUGGUGGAGGACCCAGGCCCUCAGUUCGACGACAAAGCCCGUCGUCCGUAACAAGGCCACCGCUCGCUUGAACGCCGCCUUCCGACAAGCGCUGCAGAACGCCGGCUACGACACUCAUGGGAACAGGUUGCCAGAUCAACAGCACGCACCUUCUGGGACUAGGGCGAUCACGCACCUGGCCGGCACCGUGGUUAUCAAGGCCCAUUCGCCGGUUGACGUCUACAAGAUUCCUUUCAAAGACCUGCAGACCUUCUGCACAGCGGUCGUGGAGGGCGUAGAAGAAGCCCUUGGCCAACGUCCAGGAGAUGCGUCCAGGAAAUCCCAGCCGGCUUCACGUCAACAUGUCCAAAGGCUUGCGGGCGACAGCAAGAGUAGGGGCGGCGGACACAGAGGGGCCCAGGCUGGACGGAAGUUGCGAAGAUAGUCAACCAAGGCCGGUCCGACUUGUGCAUCUAGAGAACUUCAAACACACCUGACGGGCAAUGCCUGACAGUACUGGAAUCAAGAAGCAGACCAAAGAUUGGCCGGGAGUCAAACAGUACAAGUAAAACAAUAAAUGAAAGCUAGCUGGGCUGGAUUGAAGCGUGCCAUGCCACCGUGUUGAGUUCUGUGAGAUUCGGAUACAAGAGAGUCAGUCAUGCCGGUCGAUCUUCUACUCAAUAUCUGUCGACUGUAAGGGAGGUUCAUGAGCGGAUAACAUACCAGACUGGCCAGGCUGGAGUGCCUUUUGUGCAAAACUCCAAAUGGCGGGCCUGGAAU